AUGAGCUUAUUACCAUAUACAACAGUGGUUACAUUUGGUGACUCAACAACUGAUUCCGGUACUGCCUAUCAACUAUCGAAUCGAACUUGGCCACCUGUACCACCAUUUAAUUCCAAUGGGGGUUUUGCAGAUGGUCUUCUGUGGAAUCAAUAUUUCACCCAAAACUUCUUAACAAAUGCAACAUUGUACGAUUAUUCUUGUGGUAGUGCUACGACGGACAAUCGAUUGGCACAAGGAACAAUGAGUCGCAAUCCAAAUUUAAUUGCAAAUUAUGAUAUUCGUAGUAAAACAAAAUCACCUGGCGUUUGGCAACAAAUUCUUCAAUAUAAAAAUGCAGUAAAUAAUCAAACAAUUGAUUUUGAUCGAACACUUUACGUAAUAUGGUCUGGCACAAAUAAUUACUUUUUCAAUAAAACACUCACAACAUUGGAUACUGUACAAAGUAUUAUUGAUUGUUUGAAUGCAUUAAUUAAUUUUGGUGGACGAAAUUUAGUUCUAAUUAGUGAACCACCAUUUGAUCGAUUUCCAGCAUUUCGUAAUAAGAAUCAAACAAAUACAACGAAAUAUCUCUAUAUUGAGCAUAAUCAAAUUUUAACUAUGAAAUUACAUGAAUAUAAUUCAUCAUUAAAAACCUCAUUGAAUAUUCGCUUAUUCGAUAGUUAUUCAUUUAUUUCAAUGAUUAUAGAUAAUUAUGCUCAGUCUGGUUUUGAAAAUUUAGAUAGUUGCUGGGACACGAUAUCCGGUUCGACAGUACAAAUUUUGUGUCAAAAUAUAACAAAACAAAUAUUUUGUGAUGAAUAUCAUUUGACAUCGAAAAUGCAAGCGAUGCUUGCUAAAGAAUUUUAUCAUUUUCUGACUGAAAAACCAAAUGGUACAUAUACGACAACUACGACCAGUGCGCCUUCACAUGGAACAAGAAAGACAUCGAUAACUAUGCAUUUUUUCCUCGUUUUAUUGAUCUAUGUUUUCUAUUGA